GCAUGCGUGUUGCGGCGACCUUCGGGGCCGGCUGCGGCCUAGAGCGCGGGCGGUUGAAGGGAGCCGAGCGGCGGUGGGAGAGGCAGAGCAGCAGCCGCCAUGACCACGGUCGAGUUACCGACGCUGCAGGAGCUGAACGUGCAGGAGGUCAACGUGUCCUCGGCCGUGCUGAAGGCGGCGGCUCACCACUACGGCUCGAAGUGCGACAAACCCAACAAGGAGUUCAUGCUGUGCCGCUGGGAGGAGAAGGACCCGCGCCGCUGCCUGUCCGAGGGCCGCAAGGUCAACCAGUGCGCGCUCGACUUCUUCAGGAAGAUAAAGAGCAAUUGUGCUGAACCCUUCACAGAGUACUGGACCUGCAUUGAUUAUACCAAUCAGCAAGAGUUUCGCCAUUGCCGCAAGCAACAAGAAGCAUUCGAUAAUUGUGUGCUGGACAAACUGGGCUGGGUUCGUCCAGAUCUAGGAGAACUCUCUAAGGUUACCAAGGUGCAGACAGACCGGCCAAUUCCCCAGGAUGUCUACCACUCGAGGCCGAGACCUGAGCCUAACCCAGUCAUAGAUGGAGAGUUGCAGCCUGCCAAAUACGGCAGCAGGCUGUUCUUCUGGAACUGGUGAAGGAUGCAGCAGUACCAGACCCUCAGCGAUGGAAGUAAUUUGAUCAUGUAUUUGUCUUCAGUAAGCCCCAGGGACCGGGUGUACCACAGACAUCCUUAUGGUCGGUGUAUACAAAUGUUAUUAAAAUAAUUUAACUGACA